AUGAACUACCCGCUAACCCUGGACAUGGAUUUCAUCACCUAUAACCUGGAUGACCUGGACACGCCAAGGGGAAAUAGAAGGACAGGAGACAUCACAGGUGGCUUUCUCUCGGAGAGAAAAGAUAGGGCUAUCGUUUCUUAUUUUUCUUUUUCUUUGUCCUUGCAGUACAAGGAAUUUGCCUUCUACAGUAACAGCACGGAGCUCCCCCCACAGGAAAGCUACUUCUGCUCCACAGUGGAGGGACCCCUGCUGGCCUCCUUCAAGGCUGUCUUCAUGCCUGUGGCCUACAGCCUGGUCUUCCUCCUGGGUAUGAUGGGAAACAUUCUGGUGCUUGUGAUCCUGGAGAGGCACCGGCAAACUCGAAGCUCAACUGAGACCUUCCUCUUCCACCUGGCAGUUGCCGACCUUCUCCUUGUCUUUAUCCUGCCUUUUGCGGUGGCUGAGGGCUCUGUGGGCUGGGUCCUAGGGACCUUCCUCUGCAAAACUGUGAUCGGCCUGCACAAGAUCAAUUUCUACUGCAGCAGCCUGCUGUUGGCCUGCAUAGCUGUAGACCGGUAUCUGGCCAUUGUCCAUGCCGUCCACGCCUACCGCCGCCGCCGCCUCCUCUCCAUCCACAUCACCUGUGCAACCGUUUGGCUAGCCGGCUUCCUGUUUGCCUUGCCAGAAGUCCUCUUUGCCAAGGUCAGCCAACCUCCUAACAAUGACUCCCUGCCACACUGCAGCUUCUCUCAAGAGAAUGAAGCUGAAACCAAAGCCUGGUUUAUCUCUCGUUUCCUCUACCAUAUUGGUGGCUUCCUGCUACCAAUGUUGGUGAUGGCCUGGUGUUAUGUUGGAGUGGUACACAGGCUAUGGCAGGCUCAGCGGCGCCCUCAGAGGCAGAAGGCAGUCAGGGUGGCCAUCUUAGUGACAAGUAUUUUCUUUCUUUGCUGGUCACCCUACCACGUUGUCAUUUUCGUAGACACACUGGAGAGACUGAAGGCGGUGGACAGUAGCUGUGCACUGAGGAGCUAUCUCUCUGUGGCCAUCACCGUAUGUGAAUUCCUGGGCCUGGCCCACUGCUGUCUCAAUCCCAUGCUCUACACCUUCGCUGGUGUAAAGUUCCGCAGUGACUUGUCUCGACUUCUGACGAAGCUGGGCUGUGCUGGCCCAGCCUCCCUCUGCCAACUUUUCCCCAGCUGGCGUAAGAGCAGUCUCUCUGAGUCAGAGAAUGCCACCUCUCUCACCACGUUCUAGAUCCCAAAAUCUCUACAACCCCUUUCUGUUUCUGUUUUC